CUCCUGCAGCCCUAUUUCUCCUGCUUGACUCACCUGUCCAUAACCUGUAUGCUCAUGGGAAGUUGGGAUAUCAUGCAUUCGUGCUCUUGUGUGUGAGCGUCUCUGUGUGAGUGAAUGUGUUUGUUUUUUUUUGUCCGCCAGAGGGAGUGUAGGUUAUGCUGCUUUUUGAAUGCAUUUGAAUGCAGUGCCAGCUUUUAAUUAAAACGUGACUGUGAGUGGAUGGUGUCUGCUUGGUUUUAGAUCUGUGCAUGUAGUCAUUCUAGCUGUACUCACUUAAAAUGUGCAGCAUCCCUUCUGCACCGUAUCUUUACAUAUGCCUGUUUAUUAUCAGGCCACCUGUUUGACCUCCCAAAUAGUCUGAGAUAGAAGAAGGGGAAAAAAAGCUGCAGCAGGAUGAGUGAGCGCUCUGGUACAAGCACUCUGGUAGCCAUGACGCUGGAGGAGCCAGGGGCUGAACCAGCGUCCCCUCGAGCCCCGGGCCCUCUCCGAUGUGGCCCGUGUGCUGUGUGGCCUCGCCAGCAGACCUGGCUGUGUGCUGUACCCCUGGUGAUGGGAUUUGUAGGAUUGGGACUCAGUCUCAUGCUGCUCAAAUGGAUUGUGGUUGGCUCUGUGCAAGAUUAUGUCCCUACGGAUCUGGUUGAUCCAAAGAGUAUCAAUGGCCAGGACCCCAUAUUUCUCUCAAAGCCCAGCGCCAUGCCCAAGGGGCCUGACAUUUCCACGGCUACGACUUCUUUAGCUCCGUCUACUACAGCAAUGAUUUCAAUGACCACACCUCUUGCAGGAGAUGGUACUGCCCCAGCUCCAAGAACUCGAUCUGGUCCACCAGCAAACCACUCAGCAAAUGGCAGCAACCCCAACGGGGACGGAAAUAGAGCCCCUCACCUGCACAACCGAGUUGGCACCCGUAUAAGUGGGACUACAGUAACCACCUCCGCCACCCGUGCCACCCGUCUUACCCCUGCACCCAGUGGUAAGGAGGUCACGCCCCGCAGUAAUGUUAGGAAAGGAAGCAGCACAUCCAACGGACGCAAUGGAGCUGCCAAUUCAAAUCCUGGACAGACUUCUCCUACCGUCACCACCACGACAUCCACGACCACAACAGCUAUUUCUAAGGGCACCGCCAAGGUACCCCCAACAACGACCUCCCAGCCAGCAGUCCCACUGAAGCCCACAUCACGCUGGAAUCAGGGGCGUCCAGGGAGGGGUCCAGCCACACGCCCACACCACCGUUUCAGAACACACGGGCUGACGUCGGCCGUGGCUGCCGCAGACGGGCUAAUGUCGGCCCUGGCUGCCGCAGACGGGCUUACGUCGGCCCUGGCUGCCGCAGACGGGCUUACGUCGGCCCUGGCUGCCGCAGACGGGCUGACGUCGGCCGUGGCUGCCGCAGACGGGUUGACGUCGGCCGUGGCUGCCGCAGAUGGGCUAAUAUCGGCCCUGGAGGUCUACUGGUUGCUGCGGUCCUCUUGA